UUUGCUAAAUAGCUUGCUAACCCAUUUUUGUACCCAUUUUCUUCCCGACCAAAGCAAUGGAGGUGACGAUGGACCCUUUGUUUCUGGCGUGGAGCUAUUUCAGGAGGCGAAAACUCCAACAGUGUUCAGAUAUUUGUACAAAAAUACUACAAGACAAUCCAUACGACCAGGCUGCAUGGAGCUUGAAAACCCGUGCUCUGACAGAGAUGGUAUACAUAGAUGAGGUUGAGGUUGACCAGGAGGGGAUUGCUGAGAUGAUGCUGGAUGAGAGCUCUAUUGCUCAAGUUGCACGCCCUGGAACAUCACUGAGGCUCCCUGGAACAAGUCAAGGUGGAGGGCCCACACCAGCUGUCAGGCCUAUGACACAAUCAGGGCGCCCUAUCACAGGAUUUGUGAGACCAAGCACACAAUCAGGGCGUCCUGGGACAAUGGAGCAGGCCAUCAAAACUCCCCGCACUGCAAGCACUGCUCGGCCUGUCACUAGUUCUUCAGGUCGAUUCAUCCGUCUGGGAACAGCUUCAAUGCUUACCAAUCCAGAUGGACCGUUUAUUAACUUGUCAAGACUGAAUCUGACCAAGUAUUCCCAAAAGCCUAAUUUAUCCAGGACACUGUUUGAGUACAUCUUCCAUCAUGAAAACGAUGUGAAAAAUGCUCUAGAUUUGGCUGCUCAGGCUACUGAACAUGCUCAGUUCAAAGACUGGUGGUGGAAAGUUCAGCUGGGAAAAUGUUACUACAGGCUUGGUUUAUAUCGAGAAGCAGAAAAACAGUUUCGAUCAGCCCUCAACCACCAAGAGGUGGUGGAUACAUAUCUCUACCUGGCAAAGGUUUACCAGCGCCUUGAUCAACCAAUAACAGCACUCAAUCUUUUCAAGCAAGGCCUGGACCAUUUCCCUGGUGAGGUCACCCUUCUAACAGGAAUAGCUCGCAUUCAUGAGGAGAUGAACAACAUUUCAUCAGCUACAGAGUACUACAAAGAUGUCCUGAAGCAAGACAACACUCAUGUGGAGGCUAUAGCCUGUAUAGGCAGCAAUCACUUCUAUACUGAUCAGCCAGAGAUCGCCCUGCGGUUCUACAGACGGCUGCUCCAGAUGGGGGUGUAUAACUGCCAGCUGUACAACAACCUGGGCCUGUGCUGCUUCUACGCCCAGCAGUAUGACAUGACUCUGUCCUCAUUUGAGAGGGCUCUGGCCCUGGUGGACAAUGACGAAGAGCAGGCUGAUGUCUGGUACAACAUAGGACACGUGGCUGUGGGCAUAGGGGAACUGACCCUGGCCUAUCAGUGUUUCAAACUGGCUUUGGCCUUUAAUAAUGACCAUGCUGAGGCCUACAACAACCUGGCUGUGCUGGAGCUGCGCAAAGGUCGUAUUGAACAGUCCAAAGCCUUCCUACAGACAGCUGCUUCACUGGCCCCUCACAUGUAUGAACCACACUUCAAUCUUUCCAUUCUUUCUGAAAAGAUUGGAGACCUUCAGAGCAGCUACACUGCAGCCCAAAAGUCUGAGGACGCCUUUCCCGAGCAUGUUGACACUCAGCAGCUUCUCAAGCAACUUCGACAGCACUUUGCGGUGCUGUGAUCGUCUGACCAGCAUGCUUAGGAGGAAAGGUGUGAUUUGAAUCAUGUUUGUGAGAGAUCAGAGACACUGCACUGCAGCGAGAGCCAUCAGGUUUAAAAACACAAAGUGAUUAAAAUGCUGAAUGGUUGGCAGGUUAGUCAGAUGUGGAAAUCAAUAUAUGGGCAUUAGUUUUGGUUUGUGUUUAUUUAUUGAAUGGUACAUAGACAAUAAAUUGGAGGUUCAUUAGCUAGCCCUGUCAUAUGAGAUGCAUUUUCAGAUUUGAAUUUUGAAGUGAUUGGCCUCAUUAUAGCACGUCUGUUCAUUUGAUCCAUGAGCUGUUUAUACGUACACAGUCCCUGGUCACUGGUAAAUCUCUGCUUUUCAAAUCAUUCUUAGGAAAUCUUUGCACCGGCAGGGUGUGAAAAGGCCAAGACGACAGCCGUUUGGGAACUGCUAGAACCAAAGCUGCAGUGAUUAACUUAACACUAAGUAGUUUAGAUAGUUUAUGUGAUGAUUAAUGUCUGUGGCAUUUGCAAGCUUAGCUCAACAACCCACUGCUAAAUGACACGCCAUACGCUGCUCUGCAUGAUGUACACCACACAUCGCACACCAUACGACUUGUAGGAAUGUACACUUUAGGUGAAGGCAGGCAUUUUCUUGAGAAACUGGUAAACUGGUGUACAGAUCUGUAUUGUAGUAAUAUAUGUGUACAUACUUAAGGUAAAUAUUUAUUACAGUAAAAUAAUAAACUAACAUUUUAUAGAUUGUUUCAUAAAUCAGAUCUAUUUUUCAUAUUUCAGCCUUCCUUGCCAUUUUGUAGUCUCCACAAAUAUCAACAUGACAAUAAAAAGAACAACUCAGAAGAUGUGUAAAAGUCUCUAAGGUGGAGUUAAUUCUUCAUUCAGACAAUUAAACAAAAAAUGUGAUUU